AUGGCUUUGCAAGUAACCAAUGGCACCACUAUUUCUCUACCUCAUCAGAUUGAAAAACCAGAGGACAGCCUCGGUGACCAGUUUCCCAAUAGAGAUGACAGUUCACCUCAGAUCAAAAUUGGGAAAAUCAUGCAUGGCUCACCCGUAACAUUCAAUUAUGACUCUCAAAUAAAAUCAAGCAAUCGGGACAUGUCCCAUUCAGCUGUAACCUUCCACUGUUCAAUGUGCCACUUUAAGUCUGCAUCACAGGAGCAACUUGAACACCAUGUGAACCAGCACCACCAAUCCCAAGCUGAUGUGAUCCCAUGUACCCAGUGUGGUGCUGUUUUUAAAACCCAAACUGGCCUCAAAAUGCAUAUGGAGGUUAAACACACUACGAACCCGACUUUGAAAUGUCCCAUAUGUGGUAAAAGCAUG